CCCCCACCGAUCGGAUCUCCCACUCUACAACAACUGAACUCUUAGGGAAGAGAAGCGAAACAGGAAUGUAAAGAUCUCCGAUGGCGGUGCCGCGACGAAACGACUGAGGGGCUCGGGAAGCGGGAAACGGAGAUGGGGCAGAAGGGAAUACCGGACUGGCUUAAUAGCUCUCUCUGGUCCUCGAAUCCCACCUCGUAUGCCGGCGAUCGUUUCCGCGGGUCCUCCCCCAAAGCCCCGACCGAAACCCUAAAGCCCGAGUCCCCAACUCGAGCUCCAGUCCCCGAGCCACCGCCUGCUCGCCGAUCUCCUCCGCGGUCGCCGCGUCCGCAGCCGGCAGAGGUCCCGAGGCCGGAGGUGGCUCCCCCGGCCCUUGAUCCGAGCCCCUCCUCGCGGUUCUCGCCGGAAGAGAUCUCCCGCCAGUCCCAGCUCCUGGCUGAGCUAUCGAAGAAGGUUAUAAAUAUUGAAGAAGUGCGGAGAUUGGCUUGGCAAGGUAUUCCGGAUGGGGCUGGGAUUCGUUCCAUGGUUUGGAAGCUUCUCUUGGGUUAUUUGCCGGAUGAUCGUGGAUUAUGGGCACAAGAGUUGGAGAAGAAGCGGUCUCAGUAUGAGGCUUUUAAAGAUGAGUUUUUGGUGAAUCCUUCAGAAGUGGCAAGGAGGUUGGAAGAAUCUGCUGGUCACCAAUAUGAAGAGUUGGAAGGUGGAAAUAGUGGCUUGCUUUCAAGAUCAGAGAUAACUCAUGGAGAGCACCCGCUGAGCCUUGGAAAAACUAGUCUGUGGAAUCAAUUUUUUCAGGAUACAGAGAUUAUAGAGCAGAUUGAUCGAGAUGUAAAGCGCACCCAUCCUGAUAUGCACUUUUUCUCUGGGGACUCAUCCUUUGCAAACUCUAAUCAGGAAGCCUUAAGGCGCAUACUUAUCAUCUUUGCAAAGUUAAAUCCAGGAAUAAGAUAUGUACAAGGGAUGAAUGAAGUUUUGGCACCUCUUUUUUAUGUCUUUCGGAAUGAUCCAGAUGAGAAUAAUGCUAUCUGUGCUGAGGCGGAUGCAUUCUUUUGUUUCGUUGAGUUAUUAAGUGAAUUCAGGGACAAUUUCUGCCAGAAACUUGACAAUAGUGUUGUUGGAAUUCGUGCUACAAUUACUAAAUUGUCACAGCUUCUAAAGAAACAUGAUGGAGAGCUUUGGCGUCAUUUGGAGAUCACAACAAAAGUCAAUCCACAAUUUUAUGCAUUUAGAUGGAUUACUCUACUAUUGACACAAGAAUUCAAUUUUGCCGAUGGCCUUCACAUCUGGGACACACUAUUAAGUGAUGCUGAAGGCCCUCAGGAAACAUUACUUCGAAUAUGCUGUGCCAUGCUGAUCCUGGUUAGAAGACGUCUCUUGGCAGGCGACUUCACUUCCAAUCUCAAACUGUUGCAGAAGUAUCCAUCUACAAACAUCAGUCAUCUCCUCUAUGUUGCUAACAAGUUGCGUGGGCCAUCGGCUGGUUAACUUCCAUAUUGCUGUCCUUUAAACAUUCAUGUGAUUGUAAAUCUGUUGAACAAUGUAAAUGCUUGUUCAAGUUUGUAGCAGCAGCAAACAGUUGCAUGUUCUUUUCAGUGCAUUUCAAUGUAGGCUGUCCUCCUUUUCAUCAUUCCUUUGUCACAAUGUGAUGCUGUGAAGUUGCUUUCACAUAUGAAAGAUAGAAUCUCUUAUGUUGUCCACUCAGUUUUUAUUAUAUUUGAAAUCCCUGCAGUUUGUCU